AGUUUAUUGAGAUUAUUAUUUGCAAAGAGUCAUGAAAAAUAGCAAACACUAUCCCAAACUAUCUAAUCAUCACUAUAAUUCACGCUCUAAAGCAAACAAGGUGGAUACGCCCGAUGUUAUUUAUAAUUUCAAAGAUAAACCGCGUUGGCUGAAAAUCGUGUUGGUGACAAUGUCGUCUGAUAAUGCGAGAUUUGAUUAGUUAAGUGAUAACCGGUGACACGCGCACGUCGUCGCACUUUGCGCAUCUGUGGGGAGUUUUUCAAUAAAUUUUGUGAAACCGUGAGAUUUGCUAUUUAAUCUCAAAAUAUUUUUAUCUUUGUGUCGAGAACCAAAAAAGAUGUUGACAGCGAAGUUACCACUGCUUGGUAAACGGCAUCGCAUGCAGGUGCUGGUGGCGCUUACGUAUCAUAUUAUGAGUUUUGCUCAUGGACUUGGUAUCGGCUGGGUGUCACCCACGGUGCAAAUAAUACAAUCGCCUGAGACACCGUUAAGCUUUCCCGUAACCGUAGAGCAGGUAUCAUGGAUUGGAUCACUCUUCGGUUUCGGCUUUUUGAGUGGAAAUAUUCUAUUUGGCCUCACUGCCAAUCGCUUAAGUCGGAAACUGAAUAUGUAUUUAUUGGCGUUGCCACAUAUGCUAUUUUGGAUCUUAAACUAUUUUGUACAAAACGUAGAGUAUCUGUAUGCAGGCCGCUUCUUUGCCGGUGUCACCAGCGGCGGCUUGUUCGUUAUUGCGCCGAUGUUUCUUAGCGAAAUCCUAGACAAAGAUGUACGUGGCACACUCAUGUCCAUGGGUAUGAUGUUUCUCAGUUGCGGUGUACUAAUCGGCUUCAUACUACCCACAAAAGUCGACUACUAUUUAACGCCGUGUAUUGGGCUGGCGCUACCCAUAAUUUACGUUGUGGUGUUUUGCUUCUUCCCGGAAACACCACAAAGCCUCCUGAGGAGUGGUCGAUUUACCGAAGCGGAGGCAGCUUUCAAUUUCUACAAAGGCAUAGACAAUGGAGUUAACGUGCAGUUGAGUCGGAGAGUUGAGGAGUCGAAAACAGCAACGGAAAUACAAAGCGAAUUUGAAGAGUUGAAAACGAUCAUUUUGGCAGGAAACGCUAACGUGCCAGUAAAAUUAAAAGACUUUUUUGAAAGGUCAGCACUCAAAGCAUUUGCCGACACAUUUGUGCUCUGCAUACUGUAUCAACUGUCGGGCAGCUUCGCCUUCCUCAACUACAUGACUUCAAUAUUUGCCGUUUCGGGCUCCACAAUGGAUCCAUAUUUCUCUACCACAAUUGUGGGCGUAACGCAUAUAUGCGGCACGUUCGUCGCCACUGUUUUCGUGGAUCGAUUUGGUAGGAGAGCUCUGUUGUUUUCUUCCACGACUGCCAUGAUCAUUGGCAUGUUCGGGUUCGGCGCUUUUGUGCAGUUUACCGAUGCGGCCAUAAAAGCUCAGUAUGAUUGGGUACCACUUGCUUUCAUGGUUGCUGUGGUUUUCACUUCGGCGUAUGGACUUUUUGGAAACUUCUUCACCAUGGUGGUGGAAAUAUUGCCGGCGAAGAUCCGUAGCCCGGCCUUAUCGAUUUCGAUGUGUUUUGUGAGCCUUUUAGUGUUCGUGAUUCUGAAGUUAUACCCUUAUUUCCUGUUCGAAUUGGGCAUUCCAGCUACUAUGUACACUUCUGGGACAAUAUCUGUGGUUACCACCAUAUAUUUGUUUAUAUUUCUGCCGGAAACAAAAGGAAAAUCAAUGGAAAAAGACUAAAAAAUAGUAUAUAAAUCGGUGUCGCUUUGUAAAAUACUCAACCAAAAUUAUAUAGUUAAAUAGUAUUAAAAACAUUUUAAAUACAUAUUGUUUAAUGGAUUUCUAGAUACAAAGAAUAUUUAAUAAGCAAUUUACAAAACUUUAGUUGAUAUUAACCCUAUUUAACCGUAAUAGCUUAUUCAAGCCAUGCCACGAUAGUAUACAAGGCAGUAUCCAAUGUUACUUCGGAAUACGCCUCUUUACGAGUAUGUACCAGUCCAUCAGUAUCUGCAAAGUUUUUAGUAAGAAGGAGGAGAGGCUGGCCUGAAGUUCUAGGCCGUAAUGAGGAAAUCCCGACCAGCUUUCGGGAUGAACGUAACUCUGACUCGUCUGGAUGUACCCAGUGUGCCGCGAGUUGGCGUCGGUUGUUUUUUAUGAUUUUGUAAUUGAUUUAAGAAAUGUUUAACUUUAAACUAUAAUUAUAUUUCUUAUACAUAUAUCAUACAUAACUCAUAAAAUGAAUACGAUGUUUGCUCCUUUUUCUAAAUCUUUCUAUUAUUUAUUCUGGUUCCACAGGAAUUUCGUAGUUUAUGUUGAGGAGUGCUAAGCUGUUCAAUUUUUUCUGGAGCAUCUUUGUUCUGAGCCAAGUCUUGAUUCGGCGAAGAAAAGGAUCGUUCAGCGCUAGCAUUUUUGGCUGGUAAAGUGCAAAGUACGCGAAAGAGAAUAUGAAUCGACGGAUAUAUAUCCUUAUCGCAAGUACUGCGACGUUCUAAGCGCUAUUUCUUCUUUGAGCUUCAUUUUUUGCUGUUCUUUUUGUCCGGGCAAGAUUUUCCCAAAACGCCUAAUUAAACAUUCAGUUAGUACAGUUAGUCAAUGAGUAAAGUUAAAUCUUCCAAAUUUGGGUUAAAUUUUGGUAACAGCUGACUCUAAUUGAAACUUUCAAGAACUUUAUCGGAAAACCGCGUUGUUAAAUCUUGCAUGACCAUGUCAAUGAGUGGAAUGUGUGCAGAAACCCUGUAAAAGUCUUCACAACUUUGAGAUGGGUGAUUGUUUCGAUGACUCUAACGACCACAUGUUCCGGGUUUUUCCACUUCAACAUCUAAUUUGUAAUUGUUCAAAAGAAUGAGUUAAUUAUGCAACUUGACAAAUAAUUAUACACGUGAUAAUGAGGAGCUUGUAAAUUUGACCAUGUACUACGUAAAAUGGUGUGCAGGGCAUGUUAUAGUGCGCAUGGGUGCAUAAUAAUGCGCAUGAUAUAUUACUAAAAAAGAACAUGUUGAUGAAUAUUUUCGCAAUCAAGCUUCUUUCGUAAUAUUAUUUCAAACGUCGUUAAACUAUUUUUAUCUAAUUAUUAUGUUUGUAUAUCCACAAGCCCUUGGUGGCCACUGACCACUUACAUUGCUCAUUUGAAAAGCCGCUUUCUUGACCACAGAUCAGUGUUAGAAAAAUUUUGUGUAUUUUCCCAAAGUACGAAUUUGACGCUAAAAAAGCUCGAGAAAUAUUUUCUUUUUAUUAAAGGAUGAUCAAGUGUUCAGAACAAAACUUUCUUGCGGAGAUGAAAAUGUGGAAACAGCGAAUUUUAAGCAAGCAUUUUCGGAAUGCUCUCGAAGCUUUAGAAGCAGUGAACUAAACGUCUUUUGGGAAUGUUUUCAAGAUUUUACGCAUGUUGGCGUUUCAAUAACAUCACCGGAAAGAAGUUUUUCAAGUUUAAAGAGAAUUAAAACCUAUUUACGAAAUACGACAGGUCAAGAUAGGCUUAAUGGUCUAGCAGCAAUGAAUAUUCAUAGGUAUAUUGAUCUGUCAGUUGAUGAAAUACUAGAGGAAUUCUUUCAAAAACUAAGGAAAAUAUAACAUAUAAUGUGAGAUCCCGAGUAAUCCUCAAUUAAUCACUGAGCUUCAGCGAUACUGCUUGUACAAAUGUAGAGAAAGUUCGAAUUAUAUGAAUAACAACAAAAAUCUUGUAACUUAUUAUAAUUGCUUAUAAUUCCAAACCCAUAUCAAUAAACAUAUAUUUUUCUCUGAGUUUAGGGGGUGUUUUAACACCAAAACUAAAUGUUCAUUGAUUGAUUGAUUAGAUACAUAAUACAGUACGUAUGUAAUGUAAAGGAUCGCCAAUGAUCCUAAAAUAAAAAAAAUAGUUGUGUAUGCCAUUGGGAACUUAGGUUUAAGAUAUGUGUAUAUACUUUCGGUAUGUACCGUAGAUAAGUAUUAAGAUAUGUGUAUAUACUCUGCAUGUGGUGCAUACAUGAAUUAGAAUAAGAAAAUCUCUAAAUAAAGGAGCACUGGGCAACCAGAGCUGAGUACUAUUUUAUAAACGAAA